CGUUCUACACACAGCGACACAGCGACACAGUCAACCGUCUGUCAAGACAAAAAGGGACCUCCUCCCCCCAGAUACACAGUCAACCUUCUCUCAAGACAAAGAGGAAAAACACACCCAGGUUUCAGAAAUGGCCACCUCCAUCAAUGUCCUGUCUGAAGAGCAGUUCCUGUGCUCUGUCUGUCUGGAUGUGUUCACUGAGCCAGUCUCUAUUCCAUGUGGACACAACUUCUGCAAGGCCUGUAUCAGUGAAUACUGGAACACCACUGCCCUGUGCCAGUGUCCACUGUGUAAGGACACAUUCAACAGAAGACCGGACCUAAAAACCAACACAACACUCAGAGAAGUUGCAGAUCAUUUUAAGAGGAUGAAGGUCUCAGACAGAGAGGAGUCCUCUUCCAAGCCUGGAGAAGUAGCACAAGUGCAGCAGAUGAUCCAGGAAAAACUGCAGAAGGUUAAGGAGAUCAAACUCUCAGUAGAGCUCAGCCAGAGAGAUGCAGAGAGAGAGAUAGCAGGAAGUGUGGAGGUCUUCACUGCUCUGGUGCGCUCCAUUGAGAGAAGUCAGGCAGAGCUCAUUGAGGAGGUUGAGGAGAAGCAGAAAGCAGCUGAGAGGCAGGCUGAAGGGCUCAUUGAAGAAUUGGAGCAGGAAAUCACUGAGCUGCUGAGGAGAGGCACUGUGCUGGACCACCUCCACCAGAACUCCCCAUCCCCAAUCAAGGACUGGUCUGAGAUCAGUGUUCACAGGGAUCUGCAUGUAGGAACUGUGAGGAGAGCUCUUUCUCAGCUGGAGGAGAUGUUUCAUAAUGAGAUGGAGAAGUUGCGUAAUGCUGAGCUGAAGAUGAUACGGCAGUGGUCAGUGGAUGUGACUCUGGAUCCUGAUACAGCACACCCCUAUCUCAUUGUUUCUAAGAACAGGAAACAAGUGAGCUAUGGAGACAUCCGGCAGAAUAUCCCUGACAACCCAAAGCGGUUUGGACGUUAUCUAUCGGUCCUGGGAAAGAAGGGCUUCUCCUCAGGAAGAUUCUACUUUGAGGUUCAGGUUAGAGGAAAGAUUGAGUGGCAGGUGGGCGUGGCCAGAGAGUCCAUCAUCAGGAAGGGCCCAACAGUUAAAAGCCCAGAUGGUGGACUCUGGGCUCUGUAUAUGAAGGGUGAGAAUAAGUAUGAGAUCAAGGACACACCCUCUAUCCCCCUCUUCCUGAGUCAGAAACCCCAGAAGGUGGGGGUGUUUGUGGAUUACGAGGAGGGUCAGAUCUCCUUUUAUGAUGUAGAAAACAGGUCUCAUAUCUACUCUUUCACUGGUUGUACCUUCACUGAGAAACUAUAUCCAUUCUUGAACCCCUGUAAUAAUUCUGAGGGUCCAAAUUCAGCCCCAUUGGUCAUCUCUCCUGUCAAUCACACUGACUGAAUUGGUGUCCAAUAAGGCAACAGAUGACUUAAUCUGAUUAUCAUAAUUGUUAUUUGCUCAACACAUCCAAUUGUAAAGAGUGUUGAUAAUAAUGGGGCACGUUCCAGGGGUCUGCCAAGGAGUCACAAACCAAAUUUCACAACACCUGGACAGGUGUUUAACAACAUGCCAGAAACCCCAUCAAAAUCAAAUCUUAUUAGUCACGAGCUGAAUACAACAGGUGUAGACCUUACAGUGAAAUGGUAACUUACGAACCCAUAACCAACAAUGCAAUACAAAUUAGAAAUAAAAGUAACUAGUAAUUAAAGAGCAGCAGAAAACUCGGACCUAGACUUGGUGCUCCGGUACCACUUGCCGUGCGGUAGUAGAGAGAACAGUCUAUGACUAGGGUGGCUGGAGUCUGACAAUUUUUAGGGCCUUCUUCUGACACCGCCUGGUAUAGAAGUCAUGGAUGGCAGGAAGCUUUGCCCCAGUGAUGUACUAGGCCGUACACACUACCCUUAGUAAUGCCUUGCGGUGGGAGGACGAGCAGUUGCCAUACCAGGCGGUGAUGCAACCAGGCGGUGAUGCUCUCGAUGGUGCAUCUGUAGAACCUUUUGAGGAUCUGAGGACCCACGGAAACGUGAGCGUGAAAACCCCAGCAACAUUGCAGUUCAUGACACACUCCAACCACCUGGCACCUACUUCCAUACCCCCGUUCAAAGGCACUUCCAUUUUAUGUCCUGCCCAUUCACCAUCUGAAUGGCACACAUACACAAUCCAUGUCUCAAUUGUCACAAGGUUUAACCAUCCUUCUUUAAAUCUGAUCUACAGUAGAAUAUUAUGUUUGAUCUUUUGAUUUCUUUUUCACAUUUUCAAUACAGUGUGUUGAGACAUUUUGGGAUUAUGUUGUACUACUGAAUUAGCUAAACCUAGUAUAAUGCGUAUUGUAUAACCUAGUAUAACACGUAUUGUGAAAUUUACAUUGUUCAUUGUAUGUGGUCCCUGUCAAAAAAACAAUCAAUUUUAAUAUGAUGUUCUUGUUUGGGUCUAA